AAGUCCCCUUGAGGUCUACAAUAGAAGUUUAGUUACUGGACUAUGGAAAGCUUAAGGAAAAAUUCAAAGUUAAAGCAAAAAAAUACAAAAAAAAAAACAAAAUGCUGACAGUUAAGCAAUUGAAAUCGAUUCAUGUUGCUUUGAUAGUGUGUAAAUGCUUAAACUGCGUGCUUAGGAAGUCAAGUAAAGUUAUUCUGAUUUUUUGGUUGCUUUUGCUGUUACGUUGCUUGUUUCUUUUUCGUAGUCAGAGCUAAAAGCGAGCCAUUCUCUUCAUGUUUAUUGGCAUUUAUUUUUGUGGUUGCAUGCUGCUGUUCUCUAGCACACACAUACUUUCACUUUAUUUUUCUAUGCCGCUUGAAUAUGUUGUGUGUACGUUUAACAGAUGCCCGCAGCAUAAGAAAUAAUGUGGAAAUGGGUGCGUGUGUGCGCCCAUAACAAUGAAGCUAUGGCUUUGACACCAACAUUACGCACAUUGCGUGAUCUCUCAGAAGCAAAGAGACAGAGUAAAAUUACUUUCUGGAUGCAGCGAGAGCAAUUUUCUCAAAAUUGCUUUCUCUGCUUAAUGUUUAUUGGUUCUUUCGACGAUUGCUUCUUCUCGUCUGCCAACAAUUUAAACAUUUCUCUCUAUCUGAGCUGUCAGCGCAGAAAAUGGAAUGUACUAGCAAUACAAUUGCUAGAGCUUUUUAUGUACAGUUUAUUCAAGAGCACAAAGCAUCUUUUUGUGCUUUUUUGACCUGGGACGUUUGUCGAGUGCCUUAAAUUAUUUAGCAGACAUUUUGAAAAGUUAUUAUUUAUUACCCGCCUUUCGUGGCUAACAGACACCGGUACUUAAGUGACGCCACAAUACCAGACUUAGAGGAGCGUGUUAUGGAAAGUAAUUAGGGAUUUUGUUAGUAGAACAGAAUUCCUGAAUUAGAUUUUCUUUUCCGAGUUCACUUUUAAGUAUUUAGAGAAACGGUGGUCACAGUUUUUUAGAAAUGUAUGUUGUGAGUAAAAUUAUUUUGUUUGCACGCAAAACACAAGAAAGGAUAAGCCGGUCAAAAUGACCGGUAAGAGAUAAUUUAAAUCAAAAAUUUUAUAAAAAUUUUUUAACCAGUCCACCAAUUUGAAUGCUACAGCUCCUAAAACCAACAGAUUAUAAAAUUAAGUAAAGUUAAACCAAUAUGUUAAUGCUAUAGACUCGGAUUGACGAAGGGACUGUACCAUGAAGAUGUAAAUGAACACAGGAGUGGAGUUGUACACAAAAACCCUAAUAAGUGUGGCAUAUUGUGAGACGAUAAAACGUUGGCACAAAAGCAACAUAAUCGAAAAAAAGUCAACUUUGGCUCAAAUCUUGCACAACAGUAACACUGCUAACAACCAAUUGCAAUUGCUGCACGUAAAUAAUCAAUGUUAUUGUUUUUGUCAGAUUUUCUCAAAGGGGGAGGACUUAACUUGUUCAAGUCUUAAAGAUAUUACAGAAAAUGCUAGAGAAUACUGUGAAAAAAAGGGAAUUCUGGAACAAUUUUCCACAAUGUUAUCGAUUUUGGAAAUUGAAAGCGACGACCCAGCUGAUACUCAAGACCAUAACAGAUAUUCGGUUCUGUCAGGGGACGACAGUUUUGAAAAUACAUACUUGUAUUUGGACCAAGAAAAUGACUACAUUUUAUUCCCAGAAAAGUGCACAUGUUCAGGAAGAAGUUCUUUUCAAAAUCAAUCAAUAAAUAUUGCAUUUAGCAGACAGAGAGUAAUUUUGCAAUCUCACUACGCGCGAGAAAGCGACGUAGAAAAAUUAUGUGAAACAUAUGUGUGUGCCAGAGAACAGCAGCAUGCCACCACAAAAAUAAAUGCUAAUAAUAAACUUGUAGAGAAUGGCAUGCUUUUAGCUAUGACUACGAAAAAGAAACAAGCAACGACACCAAUUGGUAUUCUCACAUACGUGGUAAAUCUUCUACACAUUCGAAACACACGAAGACACAGCAAACAAUUACUUAAGGCUAAAGGAGCUUCUUGUUCAUCUGGGCGUCAAUUAUUUUGCAUAGAUCCUGGGCGUUUUUGUGGUCCUGUAGUGGAUACACAGUCAUUGACACUGCCAUUGGUGGCUGCUGGUGCUUCCACUGCUUAA